AUGGAUGAUGACGGUGGUGUAAGCAGUGCUCGAAGUCGCAGGCGACAGUGGCCUGGCAAGAAGGAUGUCGGCGUCGUUGGACAGGCGGGAUGGACCAGCAGCGUGAUAAACCUGGUCAACACGAUCGUUGGCGCAGGAGCCCUGGCGAUGCCACACGCCAUAUCUCGCAUGGGCAUGUUUCUGGGAGUAACGGUUGUUCUUUGGGCUGGCCUGACUUCGGCGUUCGGCUUGUACUUGCAGACUCGGUGCGCUCGGUACCUGGAGCGAGGCACCUCUUCCUUCUUCGCCCUCUCUCAGAUCACCUAUCCGAACGCGGCGGUCGUGUUCGAUGCGGCAAUUGCGAUUAAAUGUUUUGGCGUCGGUGUCAGCUAUCUCAUUAUUAUUGGCGAUUUGAUGCCCGGAGUUAUGGAAGGGUUCGUUGGCGGCACUUCCGGAGUUGAUUUCUUAUACGACCGGCAUUUUUGGGUUACUGCGUUCAUGUUGAUUGUUAUUCCGCUGUCUUUCCUACGGAGACUAGACUCGUUGAAAUAUACCAGUAUCGUUGCCUUGAUCUCGAUCGGAUACCUUGUCAUCCUGGUGGUCGCCCAUUUCAUCAAGGGAGACACCAUGGCUGACCGUGGCCCUAUCCACUUUGUUGAAUGGCAAGGCCUCAUUUCUGCUUUAAGCGUUUUCCCUGUCAUUGUGUUUGCGUACACUUGCCACCAGAACAUGUUCUCGAUUCUCAAUGAGAUCGCCAACAACAGCCAUUACAGAACCACAAGCGUGAUUGUGACAUCGAUCGGCAGCGCUGCGGCAACCUACGUCCUAGUCGGUGUAACUGGCUACCUCUCCUUCGGCGAUACCAUUGGCGGGAACAUUGUUGGAAUGUAUGCACCCUCAUUGGCUUCGACAAUUGCCCGCGCAGCCAUCGUCCUCCUUGUCAUUUUCUCCUACCCUCUGCAGAUUCACCCAUGCAGAGCCUCCUUGGAUGCUGUCCUGAAAUGGCGACCAAACGGCAACAAGUCCGCCGCCAACGUCCGCUCGCCAAACCGGAACCCUUUGCUCCCACGAACCAGCCCACCAAACGAUGAAAUGAGCGAUAUGCGCUUUGCAAUCAUAACCACCGUCAUUAUCGUGCUCAGCUACAUCGUUGCCAUGACCGUUUCGUCUCUGGAGGCUGUGUUGGCUUACGUCGGUGCAACCGGAAGCACAAGCAUAAGCUUCAUCCUCCCCGGACUGUUCUACUAUAAGAUCUCCUCCCCAGAGUCAGCUGCCCACCAACGCCUAAUGAAAGAAGACGACGAGCUUGAUGCAGAGGAAAUUUCCAACGAAAUCGAUCCCUCUGCAGAUGCAUCCCAGGGCCUCCUGGGUCGGUCCUACGCCCGCUUCAUGUCUCUCUCCACCAACCAGUGGCGCCGAGACCUUCUCCGCAAGUUGAGUUUGGGCCUCGUAGUGUACGGUGUCGUGGUCAUGGUCGUCUGUCUGGUCACAAACACCUUCUUCCUAGCAUCAGAUAUAAAGGGAUAG